AUGCAGUUCUCAGUACUAGCUCUGUCCGCCCUGCUGGGCCUCGCUUCGGCCCAGACCGUUCACGUCGUCUCCGUGUCCACGGUCAACAACAACUCACUCAUCUUUUCUCCCGACAACAUUCAGGUGCCCGCGGGCGACAUGGUCCAGUUCCAGUUCCGCGCCGGCAACCACAGCGUCGCCCAGUCGACCUUUGAUGCGCCCUGCUCGCCCAUUUCGGAGCACACCAACCAAACGGGCGCCUUUAGCGGCUUCAUGCCCGUCGCCGCCAGCUCAUCCACGGGCAUGAUCCCGACCUGGACCAUUAUGGUCGCCAACACGAACCCCUUGUGGUUCUACUGCGCCACGGGCAAGCAUUGCCAGGCUGGUAUGGUCAUGGUCAUUAACGAGAACACCGCCGCCAACGCUACUCGCUCUCUGACCGAGUUCAAGAAGCUCGCCUCGGCCGCCACGGCCAACGUUGCCCCGUCCAGCUCCACCUCGGGAGGCAACACCAACUCGGGCAACACGGGCACCGGCACCUCGGGCAGCGGCUCCACCGACUCGACCACUGGCAGCGGCAGCUCGACCUCGUCGGCCGUCAGCACCGCCGGCGCCGCCUCGGUUGUCAUUUCGACUUCCUUUACCUUGCUCGUGGGUGCUGCCGCCGCCUUCUUCUUGGCAUAG